AUGGACUCCGGCGCGACGGGCGAUUCUCCGUCCCUCCCUUGGCGGAUAUGUUCAAACAUGACUAUGUGGGGUGUGGCCGGAUUAUGUCGCGCAUUCUUGUCGGGCUUGUGUAAUGCUGAUGUGCAUGGCGCUGAGGCUUUCACGGAGUUGUUAGAUUCGAGGCGAGAUCCAUCGCAACGGACAAAAGGAUUAAUCACCGGUACUUUCCCCAUCAUUCUAUUUGGUUUGAAAUGCGCGCAGUUGCUAAUUAUCUUUUUCCUCGCUUUAGUAUCAAAUCAUAUUAGUGUGAUGGAUGAUCCGUUGUUGUGGGGAUUACUCCCAGCUCGAUUCUGGAAUAAACGGUGGUCUUUUGGUAGUCAUGAUAUCUGUUUCCAAACCAGGCCGCUAUCGUUAUUCUUUACCAUGGGACAAGUCUUACCAACACACCGAUCUGCCCAUUCGCAAUUCGGUGGACUUGGCCAACCGGCAAUCACGCAGGCGAUUAGAUUGCUGUCCAAGGGACCCUUUGCUGUCGAUCAUCACCGCGCUACCCCGGAACUCCAGCAGUUCAGCCUCCAGAACGUCUGUGUCGACCCUUUCUCGGAACUUUCCGUCGCUUAUACCACCAACGGUGAAGAUGCACACCUAGCGCCUUCCGCAUACUCUUGCAAUGCCCAUUCCUGGGUUCAUAUUUUCCCCGAAGGCAAGAUCCACCAAGCUCCGCGCAAGACCAUGCGUUACUUUAAAUGGGGCGUGGCACGACUUAUUCUGGAGGCAAACGAGUGCCCGGAUGUGGUCCCAAUGUGGAUUGAGGGAAUCGAUGAUAUCAUGCAUGAAAGUCGAGAGUUUCCCCGAUUUCUGCCGAGGCCGGGCAAGAAAGUGGAUGUGACUUUUGGCUCCAAAGUUGACUCUGAAGCUGUGUUUGGAGAUAUGAGAUCGCGCUGGCAGAAAUUAAAAUCGAAGGUGGAAGCCUCAGAUGCCCAGUCUCAAAACCUUCCCGUGGGUGUCCUGAGUGACGCGCUACUGAACAACAAGGAAGCUGUGGAGUUGCGCAAGGAAGUUACAUUGAAGAUCCGCAACCUUGUGCUUGACGUGCGAAGGUCUCGCGGUUUGCCAGACGAAGAUCCCAAAGAGGGACUUGUGGAGACAUGGCUUGAGGAAGGCCCGAAGCGUGAAGGGCAUAUGAAAGAUGAUUCGUGGGUCCGAGAUAUCUGA